AUGUUGGAAAUGCUUGAAUACAGCCACUAUCAGGUGCAGUCCCACUUGGAUAAUCCCACCAAGUACCACAUCCAGCAGGCCCAGAGGCAGCAGGUGAGGCAGUACCUCUCCACCUCACUGGGUGGUAAGGCGGGGGGUCAGUGCCCCGGCCAGCCCCCCGAGCACGGCAUGCCUCCCGGGCUCGGCAGCAGCGCCCCCAACAGCCCCAUGGCCCUGCUCACCCUCAGCUCCAACUGUGAGAAAGAGAUGGAUGAUGUCAUUGAUGAUAUUAUUAGCUUGGAGACAAGCUACAAUGAAGAGGUUCUUGGACUUAUGGAUCCAGGAAUGCAAAUGAACAAUCAGCUCCCUGUGUCUGGAAACCUUCUCGAUGUGUACGGCAAUCAAGGACUUCCACUGCCCGGCCUCGGCAUCAGCAACUCCUGUCAAUCCGACAUCAAGAGGGAAUACUCAAUUACCCCAGCUCCUGCCAUGAAGCAAGUUCUGGACAAGUCUGACACCUGUGGCAUGUAUGAAAACUACCAAAGGCAAGAAGGCUUCCCAGUAGAGGCUGAAGUCCGUGCUCUAGCCAAAGAGAGACAGAAGAAAGACAACCACAACUUGAUUGAGCGAAGACGGAGGUUCAACAUCAACGAUCGCAUCAAAGAACUGGGAACCUUGAUACCCAAGUCAAAUGAUCCAGACAUGAGAUGGAAUAAGGGCACUAUUCUCAAAGCAUCAGUGGACUAUAUCAGGAGGCUACAGCGGGAGCAGCAGAGAGCCAAAGAGCUCGAGUGCAGACAGAGGAAGCUGGAGCAUGCGAAUCGCCAUCUUUUGCUUCGUAUACAGGAGUUGGAGAUCCAGGCCCGAGCUCAUGGUCUCACGGUGGUUCCAUCCCCAUCCGUCUGCACAUCAGAUUUGAUGGGCCGAUCCAUUAAACAGGAACCUGCCCUCGGCGAGUGUCCCGCAGAUCUCUAUUUGCACAGCUCGGCUCCUGACAUGUCCCCUCCCACCACACUGGACCUCAACAACGGCACCAUUACAUUCGACCAUAUUCCCUCAGACUCCGGGGACUCUGGGCCCUAUGGAACCUCCAGGGCCUGUAAAAUAAAGGACUUGGUAAGGGACACCCUGUCGCCAAUGUCCCCGAGUGAUCCCCUGCUGUCCUCCAUGUCCCCAGACGGCUCCAACAACGGCAGCAGCAUCCACAGUUCCUCUAGUAUGGAGGAGAAGGACAUUGGUUGUUAG